GUCACUACUCUCCAGACAGGAACUAGUGCACCGGGCAGACCAACAUUGAGUGCACCAGCACAGGGAUGUUACGCAGAGCAGGCGGUCAUGGCCUGGAAGUCGAGGACCCGCAAUCUACAAGUGUUUGACACGGAGCUGAGCGCUGACACGGUGGAGUGGUGUCCCGUGUCCCCGUGCCACAACAUCCUGGUCUGCGGGAAUUAUCAGCUACACAAAGGGGUAGGGGUAGAGGAUGCCACACCGAGACGGACUGGUCGAUUGUACCUUUUUGACUUUCGGCGAGAGGAAUCAGUGGGUCCUCCUCUCACCGAGCUGCAGCGCAUCGACACUGCUGCUAUUUUAGAUCUAAAGUGGUGCCAUGUGCCAGUGUCAGGAAAGGCAGUCCUGGGAGCAGCAGCGGCAACAGGGGAGCUGCAGCUGUACACACUGUCUGACAGUCAGGAUGGCAGCCGCAGUCUGCAAACUCUGAGAAGUCUGGAGGUGGGCGCAGAGCGCCUGGCUUUGUCAUUAGAUUGGUCCACUGGAAGAAUGGACAGCAGUGAUGUGCGGAUAGUCUGCAGUGACUCUGCAGGCUGUGUAAGCGUGCUCUCUCUGGCUGAGGGUGCUCUGACAUCUCUUUCGCAGUGGAAGGCUCACAACUUUGAGGCCUGGAUCUCAGCCUUCUCAUACUGGAAUACACAGCUGGUUUACUCCGGUGGUGAUGACUGCAAACUUAAGGGUUGGGAUCUCAGGGUGGGUCCCUCCUGCCCCACAUUUACCAGUAAAAGGCAUUCAAUGGGUGUGUGCAGUGUUCAUAGCAAUCCACAUCGGGAACACAUCCUGGCUACAGGGAGCUAUGAUGAGCAGGUUCUGCUGUGGGAUGGCAGGAACAUGCAGCAGCCUCUUAGUGAGAGUGCCAUGGGUGGUGGAGUGUGGAGGCUGAAGUGGCAUCCGACCCAUCAGGACCUGCUGCUGGCAUCCUGCAUGCACAACGACUUCCAAAUCCUUCACUGCCAGCAGGCCCUAGAGGCCAGUGGAGGAGCCUGUCCUGUCGUCGCAUCCUACAUCCUCCACAACUCACUCGCGUACGGAGCAGACUGGUCCCGACUGUCCCUGGAGCAGCCUGCUCCCUGCUCCCCUCCCCCUGGAGAACCAAAGGAAAGCCUCAUAGAGACCAGAGGAGGGGGACACCUAAGGAUUCAGUACGAAUCUCCCACUGCCAGCUUUGAUACGUCCCUGGAGGAUGAUGCCGGACGAUACAUCCCAGAGGAUAUUGAAGCACCGUCCUCCACCCCUACAGCAGGCCCUACCCUCAACCCUGAUGGUGAUGCCCCCUCACUGUCCUGUCUACUCGCAAGCUGCUCAUUCUAUGACCAUAUGAUGCAUGUGUGGCGCUGGGACUGGACGAUAGAUGAGGCUCAUAAGGAAUCUGAGCAACAAACAUCUUCCGUCAAAUUAUAAAAUGAACCAAAGCUCAGCAGAAUAUAAAGCCCAGCUAUGACAUGGGCAUGAUAUACUGUUCUCAAGCUCCUUUCCCUCUGCAAUACCUUACCACAAAAUGUUUAAGUUACAAAACCCUAUUUUCAUAAUUACAUGGAUUUUUAUAAACUUGUAUUUAAACAGAUUAUGUACAGUCCUUAUACUGUUUAUUACAAUAAAACCAUUCACCCAAAACUCA